UCUCCAUACGGAUUACCAACUAAAAGCAUGGCUUGAUCUAAUAAAAUGGUGGUAAUGAUUAUUGAAAUCCAAGCUUAUCCAUACACUUUUCACUUCCAGCAAAGUUGGAGGCUCAGCAGACUCCAAAACCGUGCCAUGGCUCCGCCACCACCACCGUCGAUCGGGAGGACCCACCAGGGAGAUCAUCCCCGCAGCCGUACGAUGCUCCAGAUGGGAGAGGGUUCAACGCAGAAGCAGUCGCAUCGAGGCAGAAGAGGCAUGUGGUCAAUCAAACCACAUGUCAAAGAAUCCACCACCACCCGUCCUUGUUUCGCUCUAACUGCUAAAUCCUCGAGGAAUUUAUAGCACGAUCGUAGCUUCACCACCUCUCCUUCAAAUCUCCAACCCGUCUCCUGGCUGUUCUUCCCCUCUCCCCACACGCUUCUCCCUCGUCAGGUCGAUCGUUUCUGAUCGAGGUCUCCGAUCGACGUCGAGAUCAUGGCUGCCUGUGGUGGCUUGACUUCGCUGUUCGAGAAGCCAGUGCCGGAGAAGCCGACGCUGAUCGAGUCCUUGUCGUCAUGGAACCAGAUCAUGUCCAAGAAACCAGUGGACAAUGCCCGCUUCACAGAGAUCCUCGGCGAGCUCCGUUUCCAGGAGAAGCCCGCGCCGCCUCCGGCUUCAAUCCAUCAAACGGUACCUCCCCCCGUCGCGGUGGAUCGAACUCUGUCCUUCGACUUGUCCGAUCUCUGCCAAGAGAAAUGCGCCAGCCACUCGUCCUUCCAUGCGCUUCUUGGCCUGCCCAACAACCAAUACGUGUGCUCCGCAUUCGCAAGGUGCCACGACGGCUUUCCCCCGAAGAACUCCGACAAGCUGCAGCUCUGCACCGAGAGGCUCGGGUCGGAGAGCUCCGACGACGUCGACGACCUGAUCGAGGAGGACGUCGAUGACUGGAGCAGUGAUCAAUGGAAGGAGAAGAUGGAUGCGGAAAGGCGAGCCCUCGCCAACGGUGGGAUGUCGGGAAACUGUUCCGACGUGAGGACGAGGACAGGCGGCUUUCCGCCACCGGUGUCUUCCAUCGGCAAGAGUGGCAGGCCAUGGAUCUACUACCAAUCCUACAGGAAGGACGGGAGGUUUGUUCUGACGGAGAUCAGGAUCCCAACUCAGGAGUUCUUGCGUGCUUCUCGCCAAGAUGGCCGACUUACGCUGCAGCUAGUCCAACCGGAUGGGGACAUCGCUGAAGGAGAUGAAGGCGCAGGCGAGAACGAAGAAGAGGAAGAUGAGAAGACAAAGUUAAGCCAAGGCAAUGAUCAUUAAUACAUAUGAUUAGUCCAUGUUCAUUACUUGUUUCCUUGCCCACUCAUAGGGAUUCCCGAGGUAGUUUCCUUCCUUCCUUCCUUCCUUCCUUUUGCAGAAAAAGAGAAAUCACAGGCAAAAAAGAAAGAAAAAGGAGACAUAAUUAACAUUCUUUAUGCUUUUAUUCAUUUAGAUGUUUGUAGUCAGAAUUGAGGAGAAUAAAAGUGUUUUGGUCCUCUUGGAAAGACAAGGCUGAGGCAGGCAUCGAGGUAGAGUGCCAAGUGCACUCACUGCUAGAUUUGUGAAAAGUAGGAGGCACCAAGAAAAAUUGCAGAAAGAAAAUGUUUAGAUUUGACUCAUAUAAUUUCUGUGUUGGCACAGUCAGCUGUCAAAUAAAUAAGAUGAAAAGAGGUUUGCAUGACUUCAAAUUGCUUUCUUGUGUUUUCUAAUUUCAAUUUACAUUAGC